AUGGCUCCCAUCAAGCGGAAGGGUAAUGGCCCAGAUGAGUCAGGUUCGCGGCAGCCGCAGAAAAGAGUCAAGGUCAUAGCUGGCGUGCAGCGCAAGGAUGUGAACGGCGGGAAGAAUUCGAAGAAACCGGCGGAGAAGUCGAAAGAUUCUUUGGAUUCACCCUCGAAGACACCAGCUGUUUCUGUCUUGCGGGAGGAGGAACCCGCAUUUCCCCGUGGUGGUGCAAAUAUUUUAUCACCGCUUGAGCAGAAACAAAUCCAUAUCCAGGCAACUCGUGACGUUCUGUUCGAGCAGAAGGGAGCGCAGGCUCAGGAUGAUAUUGACAAUGAGGACGGGACUCAGAAGAAACAAUCUAGCAAGGAAUUCGGGAUUAAAUCUAGGAAAUGGAAGACCAAAUCCAUGAAGCACACGAUUCCUCAGGCGUCUACCAAGGAGGAGGUUCGCAUUGAAGGGCUUAAUUUCAAGCAGAAGAUUGAAAAACUCUUGAACAGCAGCCAAGAAGAAGAAGAUAAUUCCGAUGGUGAUGAUGAUGAUGGAGAUGAUGAUUUGGAUUUGAAAUCCUACUUCAAAUUGGGCCAAUAUUUACGAGCGGCCGUUACAUCAACUGAAACUGAGGUGAAUCAUGGUAAAAUCAAGGGGAAAAAACAUAUCGAGCUUUCAGUGGACCCUAGGGAGGCUAAUUCAGGCCUUUCGAAAUCCGAUCUAGUCGUUAAUGCAACUGUACAAGCCUCUGUCCUUAGUUUAGAGGAUCACGGAUUGGUUAUGGAUCUUGGCUUGGAGGAUGGCCAAACGAGAGGGUUUAUGUCUUCGAAAGAAAUACCCCAUGACCUCGAGCUAUUACAGAUCAAGGAAGGCACGGUUUUCCUUUGCGUCGUGACUGGGCAUAAUGCGAAUGGCAACGUUGUGAAGCUUUCCGCCAACUUGCCAACGGCCGGCUCCAUUAAAAAAUCCCACUUCUUGACAUCUGCACCCACCAUCCACUCAUUCCUUCCUGGAACAGCGGCAGAAAUCCUUCUGACCCAAGUUACUUCGACUGGCAUGGCUGGAAAAAUCAUGGGAAUGCUGGACGCUGUUGUUGAUAUAGUCCAGUCCGGAGCCACUGCUGGAAAGGAAGAUAUUACCGCAAGGUAUCAUGUUGGUGCGAAAAUUAAAGGUCGACUAAUUUGCACAUUCCCCACGGCAGAACCUUUGAAACUUGGAUUUUCGAUCCUGGACCACGUUGUCAAGUUUAUGCCAACAGUUCUAGACCGCAAAUCUAGCUGUGAGGUUGUCCCUGCUAUAUCUGCCAUUGUGCCUGAAGUAAAAGUCACUAAAGUUGAGCCUGGGUUGGGAGUCUACGCUCAAUUCAAUGACAAGCAUUAUGGAUUUGUCCAUAUUUCCAGGCUCUCCGAUGACAAGGUCGAUAGCAUAUCUUCUACGCAAGGUCCUUAUAUGGUCGAUUCUACCCAUGAAGCAAGAAUAGUUGGCUUCAGCGCACUGGAUAACCUCUAUCUACUAUCUCUCGAAAGAAAGGUCAUCGACCAACCUUUCCUUCGUCUCGAGGACGUUACAGUUGGCGCGGUGGUCAAGGGAAAGAUCGAGAAACUCCUCAUUGGACCUGAUGGUAUCAGCGGACUCAUUGUUUCUCUCGCGGAUGGCAUUUCCGGGUUGGUUCCAGGAAUGCAUAUGUCCGAUACUAAACUGCAGCAUCCAGAAAAGAAGUUCCGUGAAGGAGUACAGGUUUCCGCCAGGAUCCUUUCCGUGAAUUUGGAGAAACGCCAGUUACGACUUACGUUGAAAAAGACGUUGUUAAACAGCGAAUCCUCUACCUGGUGUGAUUAUAGCGACAUCCUUCCAGGGAACAAAUCACCCGGAACCAUCAUCAGCAUUCAGUCUCAUGGAGCAAUUGUUCAGUUUUAUGGCGAAGUUCGAGGAUUUCUCCCGGUUUCGGAAAUGAGUGAAGCUUAUAUCAAGGACCCCGCUCAACAUUUCAAUAUUGGACAAGUUGUGAAUGUGCAUGCGCUAAAUGUUGACGCAGAGUUGCGAAAGCUGGUAGUCUCCUGCAAGGACCAGUUGUCCUCCACAGAAGCUUACAAGCGCGCGCUUGAGCAUAUCCACCCAGGGAACACUGUUUCAGGCACUGUAUUUGAAAAAUCCAAUGAAGAUAUACUGCUAAAGCUGGAGGACUCUGGGUUGGUUGCUAGAUUAAAUGCGGAACACGUCAGCGAUGGCCAAGCUUCGAGAAAUGGCGCUGCUCUUGCCCGCAUUAGAGUCGGACAGAAACUUAAUGAACUUUUAAUCCUUAAUAUACAAAAGUCUCAUCAGUUAAUCAAGGUCACCAAUAAGCCGAGCCUGAAGCAAGCUCGUCAACGAGGGGAAUUACCUACCAAAUUUGAGGAUCUUCGAAAGGAUCCAAGGUGA